AUGGAGAGAACCCCAAUAAAGUGUGGUGAAGAGGCCGAUGCCCAGGACUGGAGAGAAGGCCAGCAGCUACGUGUCUCUACCCUCUCAAACCGCCAUCCUACAAACGUGGAUCAGGUAAUGCAGUUGGUCGAGCCAAGUGGGCAGUUUGUAAAGGACUCGAUUCGGCUGGUUAAAAGAUGCACCAAACCUGACAGGAAAGACUUCCGGAAGAUCACCACGGCCACAGCGAUAGGAUUCGCUAUCAUCUUUGUGAGACUGAUCCGUAUCCCUAUUAAUAACACUAUUGUGGGUGGCUGA